AUGUCCCCCAUCGACUCGGCGGGUCCCUCCCGCCUCGGCGCCGCUGUCGGCGCAAGCAUGCGCACAGCGCGAUCAGGAAGGACAGCCGCGCGCGUGCCCAAGCUGCAUGCGACGUCGGCGCGCUCAGGCCAGCGCCAGCACCACCACCACCACCACCAGCAGCACCGCACCUUGUCGACCACUUCCACCACCUCGGCUGCUGCUGUCGGCGCCGAGCCCGCCGCGGCCAUGGCACAGGCAUACCCGGGCGCGGCUGGCGCGUUUGGUCACCUCGCCGCGAGGCUGAGCGCUACGCAGCCGUGUUUUGGUGUCAAAGGCGACAACGUCGAGAUCCUCUCCAGCCCGACCAUCUUCCACGACACGCUCCUGGACAUGGUCAAGAGCGCCCAGAGGCGGAUCCUCAUUAGCAGCCUGUACAUUGGCACAGAGGAGGAAUCACUGGUGGACGCCGUCGCGACCGCGCUCGCUGCGCGCCCCGGUGUGCGCGCGACCUUUGUGCUCGACUACAACCGGGCCACGCGUACAGGCAAGGGCCCCGGUCCCGUGUCGACGGUGCACAUGCUCCUCCCGCUGCUGGAGCGGUUCGGAGACCGCGUCGACGUGUGGCUGUACCGCUCGCCCAAGCUGAAGGGCCUCAUGGAGAAGAUUGUGCCCCCGCGGUACGACGAGGGGUGGGGUACAUGGCACGCAAAGUAUUACGCUGUCGACGACGACGUCGUGCUGAGCGGAGCCAACCUCGCCGAGUCGUACUUUACAAACCGCCAGGACCGCUACAUUCGCCUGGGACCGCACCCUGCUCUCCUCUCGUACCUCUCGAGCAUCACCCGCCUGCUCUCCGACUACUCGUACAAGGUCAUUGCGCACCCGCGCCGGGGCGCGAUCGGGACGCACGGCGUCGCCCUCGGCGCAUGUACGGGCGGGAGCGACGCGGCCGCCGUGUGGCGCGAGGCCUCGCUGCCGCCGCGCGGCUGGGCUACACACGCGCAAGCGACGCUCCGCGCGUUCCAGCAGGCGUGGCGCGCGAGCAACGGUGUGCGCUCGCGCGACGCCGCGUCCGCCGGCGCCGACACGUGGUUCUGGCCCGUGGUCCAGGCCGGUGUGCUGGGGUUGAGAGAGGAGGAGGCGGCGCUGGGCAAAGUGUUCAACGCGGUCAAGGAGGCGCGCGACGUCGAGGUGGACCUCACCAGUGGAUACUUUGGCCUGUACAAGGCGUACAAGCGCGCGGUGAUUGAGAGCCCCGCACCCGUGCGCGUCAUUGCCGCCUCGCCAAAGGUGACUGGCAGUCCGCCACUCUACCCUUUCCGUUCACUUGGGUCCGAAGAUGCCACUUUUGCUGACCGCUCCUCCCAGGCAAACGGCUUUUACGGCUCCAAGGGCCUCUCCGGCCUCAUCCCAGAGGGCUACACCCUCCUCGAGCGGCGGUUCCACGCCUCGGCCGAACGCGCAGGCAGGCUCUGGGACGAGCAGAAGCACACGGGUGUGCGGCUGCAGGAAUGGGAGCGUGAUGGAUGGACAUACCAUGCCAAGGGCCUCUGGCUCUCGCCGCCCGGCACGGACGCCGACCCCUUUCUGACGUUUAUCGGCUCGUCCAACCUCUCCACGCGCUCGCUCAACCUCGACACGGAACUGAGCCUCGUGCUCGCCACGUCGUCCGAGUCGCUGCGGUCCGGCCUGGGACACGAGCUGACGGGGUUGAGGGAACACGCACAUGACGUGGGCAAGCAGACGUGGGCGCUGCCAGAGCGUAAAGUCAGCAUGCUGGCCACCGUCCUGGUCGCGCUUGGUAUCGAGGGGAUGCUAUAA